AUGGAUUCACAUACACUACGAGACUGUUUAUCCGUGACAGGUGUAGAUUCACCGGGAAAAUCCAUAGCGGCUGGGCCGAAUGGGCAGCUUAUUUUCAAAAAAUCAGCUAAUCAACUCUACUAUUGUGAUGUACAUGAAAUGUCUUCGUAUACGCUUCUUCUUUCGAGAAUGGAUCCAUUAUAUCAAGAUUGUCAGAUUUACGAUCUUGCCUUCUGCCGCCGUGGAACACUUUUGAUCUGUCUUCAACGUGUCCCAAGCGGUGAAUUCUUCAUUUGUGAAGGCACAAUCGACUGCACGGCACGUGUCGUCGACAUUAACGGAGCAGUACAUCGGACGAACAUCAUAUCAACCAAAGGAAAAAGUGUGGUGUUAAUACGCGAUGAAGCUGGUGUCGUUCUCCUUUCAUAUCCUAUUCGAUGGCAAUCAUCCGGAAACAUCAUCGAACUGUUCCAUGCUUCGAAUUUUCUCGCAACAUCAGUCGGAGACAAGUACACGAUUUCGUUACAGAGCAGAGAGAUUUUCGAUGCAACAUUCGCAAGUCCGUUCAUUUCACGAAAUCAUCUAUAUCUCUUCUAUGGCCAUGAUUACUCAAGGUUCCUGUUGGUUCCUCUUACAGGAACUUCGUGCGGAAAAUGUGAAAUACGACGUACUCAAGGUGUACCUCCUCCGGACGCAUUCAUGAGCAAAACCGUUCAGUGCUUCGAAGAUUUUGCACUUAUCUACGCGAAUCAGAAUAUUCGAAAUCUCAGACCUAAUUUUUAUUUGUUAAAUCUAACGAAUCUCACAUGGUACCCUCUUAAUUUGAUGCUUUCACAUCAUUUUCCGAAUGGGAACAUAUCGUUACAAAAAUGUGGCGAAGAUGUAAUCUAUCUACACGGAGACUGUAACCUCGGGAACUGUAUCGAACGAACUCAUCUUUAUCAAAUCGACGUCCAGCCGCUUUCGACGUUUUUACUCCAGAAAAGAAGAUCGAAAUCACUGGGUGCACUGAAUCGCUCUGAUUUUUCUGUUUAUGACCAGAACAAAAGAAGCUCCAUGCAUUCGUCUGGAUCGCCGACGUCGUCGUCAUCUAGUCCUUCACCUUCGCUAUCGGCGGUGGCAAUAUCUCAACGCAAAGGGGCUGCUCACACUCCUUCACGAUUUCAGAAGAAAACAUCGAAGGAUGAAACAAAAAGACGAUAUCCGAGCAAUGCAAAGGGGUCAGUAUCGUCCGUUACGAGCCACGAAACGCUUGCUGAAAAGGAACCACCAAGAAGAUCACAAUCAUCAUCAUCUUUACAUUGGGGUGCAGAUAUGGCUGAACAAGCGCCGAAAUCCCUUCAAAGUCAAUUGAAGCUAGCAAGAGACAUGGGUUUUUCCGAUGAUGUCAUCUUUGCCGCUCUUGAAUCACAGAAGAAGGAUGCUGAAGGGCUGUAUAUACCAUUCGAGAGUACAAACGCUAUGUUGGACGUCCUCAAUCAUUCAUCGGCAAGAGAAGAAUGGUUGACACAGAGCACGCUAUCCACGGAAUGCAAUGACAUUGAUUUCACGCCACACCGCGCAUCUCCGAGGAACGUACUUCGGUCGUCUUCAUUUCACGUAAAAUCGCCAACAAUAAGUCGUAACGAAGAAUUGUCACGCCUCCUUCGAACAUUUGAAAAGGAGCGGAUGAGGGACAGAGAAGUUGCAGAAAGUCAUACGGCAAAGCUGAAGGCUCGAAUUAAUGACUUAGAACGGGGAACAGAAAAACUUAAGCAAGAUGAACGAGAAAUACAGGAACGUCUUCAGGAACUACAGAAUAGGAAUGAUUAUUUGACUUCUGAAAUAGAAAAAAGUGAAAGAGAGAAGGAACAACUUGGCCAGACCAUCGUAGAACUACAAGCGGUGACCGAUCGGCUGACUCUAGAAAAUCUUCGGAAUGAACAUCAAGCAAAGGAUCAAAAGGAGUUAGCAGAGCACAGAAAGAAACAAUACGACCAACAAAUUGCGACGAUGGAAGAGUCAAUCCGCACCCUUACCGAAAAAUGCAGUUCACUCUCUGCUGAACUAAAACAGAAAGAUAAACAGCUACGUGAAAACGUCAAACGCCUCCAGGAGAUAGAAAACAGGAAUUCCCAAACACAACCUGAAGCGUUGCUGGAAAAAAUAUUGAACGAAUAUCAGCUGAGGCGGAUCGAAGAAGAGAAACGGAAAGAAGCGAAUGAAAUUUUUAACAAGAGAAUUGCAAAAUAUCAUGAACAAUUGAUAGCAUCGUUUCCUCGAUUAGAAGAACAACGUCGACAAUUGGAGGCUGAGAAAGAGCGUGCUGUUGACGAGAGCGAACAGCUACGAAGAGAAAUUUCACGGCUGAGAGAGAAGACAUGUGCUGAGUGUUGUAUAUGUCUAGCAACCAAGCCAUGUGUCCUGUUCCUACCGUGCCGUCAUAUGGUUAUUUGUGAUUCAUGUCAUGCUGAAUCGAAAAUUGCUGAAUGUCCUGCCUGUAGAACACGAGUCGGUGAUUCUAUGAAGGUUUUCUCUUGA